AAAAAGCUCUUUCCUGUUGUCAUCUCUUUGUACUUCCAUCUUACCAGUUCUAGGUUGCUGCGUUCAGCUAUUCAAUGUCAUUAACUCCCUGCAGAUCCAACUAUAAAUGGAGUACUUACUACCAUUACUUUCUUAUGAUGGUUUUCUUGUUACUUCUCUUCAAAAUCUUUAUGUACAGUGAGAAUUUCAAGUCAGUAUUUUCAGGGUCAUUUUUGUUAUCGAGAAAUGAAGUUCAUGGAAUCAGAGAGAAAGAUGAGGAGGUUAUAUUGCCACCAAAGGACUGUGAUCUUUUCACAGGGAAAUGGGUUUUUGAUAACGCGACUCAUCCUUUGUAUAAAGAGGAAGAGUGUGAGUUUCUCUCUAGGCAAGUAACUUGUUUGAGGAAUGGAAGACAAGAUUCCUUGUACCAGAACUGGAGAUGGCAACCCAGAGAUUGUUCUUUGCCGAGGUUCAAAGCAAAAUUGUUGCUCGAGAAACUUCGUGGAAAGAGGCUUAUGUUUGUUGGAGAUUCAUUGAAUAGAAACCAGUGGGAAUCCAUGGUUUGCCUGCUUCAAUCUGGUGCUCCUUUGGCCAAGAAGAGCCUGAGCGAUUCUGGCUCUGCGUCUUUUUUCAGGAUUGAGGACUACAAUACUACAGUUGAGUUUUAUUGGGCACCAUUUUUAGUUGAAUCGAAUUCAGAUCAUCCAUCGAAGCACAGUAUAUUAGACCGCAUUAUCAUGCCAGAAUCAAUCAACAAGCACGGAGACAACUGGAAAGGUGCAGACUACCUGAUUUUCAACACAUACAUAUGGUGGAUGAACUCCGCUAACAUGAAAGUCUUAAAGCAAGGAACAUUUGACGAAGGUGUCACAGAAUAUGAUGAGAUCGAACGGACAGCAGCUUUUGGAAGAGUUCUGAGGACAUGGGCCAAGUGGAUUGAAGAAAAUGUAGAUCCUAAUUUAACUUCUGUCUACUUCAUCAGCAUGUCCCCUAUGCAUUUCAGGAGCUUGGAUUGGAACAACCCUGAUGGGAUCAAGUGUUCAAAGGAGACCGCCCCAGUUCUCAACAUGACCACACCGUUGAAUGUAGGCACUGAUAGCCGGCUACUUGUGGUUGAAGCAAACGUGACUCAAUCGAUGAAAGUGCCUGUUUACUUGCUUAACAUCACCACCCUCUCAGAAUACAGAAAAGAUGCACAUACCUCGAUCUACACCACUCGUCAAGGCCAGCUGCUCACAGAAGAGCAGCAAGCCGACCCAAAGAUCUAUGCAGAUUGUAUCCAUUGGUGUCUCCCCGGUUUACCAGACACUUGGAAUGAGUUCCUAUACACACAUAUAAUUUCUCACACUUGACCCUUUGGAAUAUUGCUUUCUCCAAAGGUGUAAAAACUGGACAAUCAAAUUGAAAAAUGGAAAUUUGAUAGGUCUGCUGUUAUUAUUAUUUAUUUUUCAGAGUUGUAAAAUGCAGUCUGGUCUCGUCAGUUGUUUUUUAAUUAACGUACACUGAAGUCAAUUACCAUGGUUUCUCAAUCUAA